AUGUCAUCGAGAGCAUCUGGAUUGAAGUGUUCUCACUUGGCUCUAAUUCCAGCUGUUCUCAUUAUACCUUUGCAGACGUCGGUGUGGGAUUUUGAACAGACAGGUAAACAUUUCCGGAACCAUGAGGUACACAGUAGUAGCCGGGCUCCCUCCGGCGGCUGUACCUGUUUGGGUGUUGCCGGAUCGAUACUGCAUCCACGAUCGCAUGCAUCGCGCAUGUCUGCACGUUUAACGACACACGAUGAACGACUUACGUGCUUCGCAGGUGCAGACAUUACCGACAUCCUGCUUUACCUUGAAGGCUUUGACCGGCUUAUUGGCCGAGACCCUUUCUGGCAACAACCGCGAUCUCCUCCUCUUACCCCGCCAGAUCGCACCUUCCGGAGGCCAUGAAUAGCUCUUGUUUAAGAAGGACCUAAGCCUGCCGACAGUCCACUCCAUGCGAGCGGCUGACAUCGGAUUUGCAUAAAAUUACAAUACUGGUUUUUUCUGUAGGCCAUAUCUCUGGUAUCCGGCAGCCGAUCUAGCCGUGGCAUGUCUCUGCGUGCUCGGGAGAGUCCUGCCAAUCGAAUGCCAUCCUAAAAAGGGACAUCAAUUUUCUCACGAUUUUCGCAAAAAAUCAUGAUGGUUACAUCAUUAAAUUUGCCAAAA